AUGAGGCGCGACGGGGUGGUGGGCAUGAGGUGCAAGAAGCACCCGUACCAGGCCGGCGGUGGCGUCUGCGCCACGUGCCUCCGCGACCGCCUGCUCGCGCUCGAGGCCGCGCAGAACGGCGACGACGCGUCCUCGCCGCCUCCCGCGCCCGCGUGCGCGCAGGCCCCUCCGGUUCCGCCCGAGCCCCUGGCGUUCCCGAGGUCGGUGUCGCCGUACGUGUCCCGCAGGAAGUCGGACACGUCGGGCGCGCUCAGGCACCACCCGAGCCUGCUCUUCUUCCGGACACCGCAGGUCGGGCCCGCCUACGGCGGCGGCGGCGGCGGCGCGUUGGAGGAAGGCGACAUAGCCUACGAGUACGAGAAGCGGCGCGCGCGCAAGUUCUCCGUGCUCGCCACGCUCUUCGGCCACCACCACAGAUCGGAAGAGAAGAAGCAUCAGCAGCAGGAAGGCGCCCCCAAGGAGCGCAAGAAGCAUUCUUGGUUCGCCGGGAUCAUACAGCGCCGCCGCAAGAAGCAGGCAGCGCCAGCGCCGGAGCCGGCCUCGGUCACCUCGCCACAGUCGGCCCCGCCGAGGCGCUCCUCCUGCCGCGCCCGCGCGGUCAGCAACCGGGGGCUCUCGCCGGAGCGGGACAGCCACGGCGGCAGCGGCGACGAGAGCAGCAGCUCGCCAGCCGCCGCGGAUCCCCCGUGGCGGCCGUCCCCGUCCCUCAUGCGGAGGACCCCCUGCCGGCGCCGCCAGACCAACAGCAUGCCGUCGGGUUUCGUCGUCUGCCUCAGCCCGCUCGUGCGGCCCAGCCCGGGGCGCCGCCACCGCCCCCCCGUCCAGCCGCCCGACCCCGGCUCCUUCUCCUGCGAGCUCCGGCCGUCGCCGCUCCACAGCCUCUCGUCCGCCGCCUCCGUCACGCGCUGUCGAUCCAGGAAGCUCGCCGACGGCGGCCGCUUCCGGUGA